AUGCAGUUCAAUGCAGCUUGUGACGGUGAAAUCUUUCAAGACUUGUAUUUAGUCGCUAGAGGUAGUUGCACUUCUGCUGCUCGGGUCACAUUUCAGCUUUAUUUUACUAUUAUAACAAAAUGCAAUGAUGAUACGGAUGUUGAAAUUGACCUUCUUGAUUUAAGCUCUUUCACGCUAUUUGUAACAGAUGGUUCUAUACGCGUGCAUCACAUUGACGGCGUCUCGGCAGCUAAUCUAAAUACAUCCAGUUUAAACCUAUCAGAUCCUCAUGCAAAUUUACUCGAAGAUAAUGGAGUUUCUGAAAUUAGCCAGUACGGCGCCUCAUCAAAUCAACCAACAUGUCCCCUCAAGUGCAAUUCAUCUAGUGAUCCUUUAAUCAAAAAAGAAACAGCGUCAAAGGUCCCCGAAGAUAGCGACGCGGAACUUGUACGAGUUUACAUCCGCAAUGACAAAAUCCGUUUACGCAUAUGUGAUUGUUCGUCCGUGCUUAAACUGGAUCUUUCGUUCUCCGGAUAUUCGCCAAUACUUCGGGACUUCUCCUCAAUGAAACACUAUAUUCCGUUGAGAUUUCUUCCUCCAUUAUUUCAAAUUGAUCUUUCUUUAGAGCUUCCCUUUGCUAAAGAUUACCCAUUUUUAAUAGAACCAUGUCUUGAGGAAGAAUUCAGAAAAGGUGUCUCUCGUGCCAAGAUAGACGCCUUAUUGGAAUUCCUAAACCAGUUUUCCUGCUACAAGGAUACUUCAACACAGAAAGUUAAUUUCUCUAUAUCCAACCUUCAGUCAAAUCCGGAAUUCCCAGAUUUUGCGAAGCACAUUCGUUUGUAUGAGCGGAUGGAAUUAGACGAAAAACUGAAUUUUCGGGCGAAAUACGACUGCGACACUUCAAUUCACCUUUCCGAUUGUGUCGCCGAUAUCUUUGUCAUUAAACACGUCUUGCACUUGGAACUCGUUCCAGAUGCUCAAAAUCCACACUUCGGGAGAGAAGUGAAUGCCAUAUUGCUUCUUUCAAAAAAUGCAACUGUUGUCAAUGUUACCUGCCAUUGCAAUGGCGGAAUGGCUCCCAAGGUGACGUACAUAAAGGAUGACACUUCUAGUAUUGUGACAGACUCACAAUUGUGUGAGAUAUCUAUCCCGGACUUGGAUGACUCCGCAGCUUCGAUUAGCAUCUAUGUUGAGUGUUCAGAACCUUGUAAAUUGGGCUCAAGUCUGUUUAUCCCUCAAGUUUCCAACUAUCAACUUGAGUCAGCGCGUUCUUCAAUCACCGUUCCCCGGGCACCUUACCAAAUAGAACCAUCAAAUGAUCAUAAUGGUUCAUGGAUCAUUGAAUAUGACAGCGCCAACGAUAAAAUCCGCUGUCAUAUGAAGAGCAGCGGCUGCAUUUUAAAACCGUUUACAUUUGUGCUCAACAAAUGUAAUGCUCUCGUCACAUCUUUAUCUUGUUUAAAAAACGAGUGCACUUUCACUGACCCAGUGAACAUUAAAAUAACAGACCAUGAACCAUCUUCAAUCGAUUUACUUCUUCGAGCAAACAUAACUUCCUUUUUUGAGAAAGGAACUCCGGUUGCUUAUUUGAAGCCACCAAAUGAGUCUAUUAUGAAAUGGUGUCUAAUAAACGGACGACAGCCAACACCGGAGGUGCCUGUUAUACAAACGAAGGAUUCUUCCUUAAUUAUAAUUCAAACUGCAGAUUUUAAACAGCUUAUUGAAAUUUGUUGGCAGGUGAAGAAAGCUAAGAAAUUUAAAUCAUCAAACAAGGAAGAGAGUCCUCACCUUUCUGCACUAUCAUUGCCCACUUUUGUUGAUCAACCUCGGCUACAAGCAACUGUUGAUUUUUCGAAUUCGAAAGCAUUUGCUGGAUAUGUGAAACAAAACGAUAGUAUUGUCACACCGGUGAAGGGUAGUGACAAAUACCAGAAGCAACUAUAUUUUGAGAGUAUACCGAAAGCUUUAUUCGUUGAACACACUGAACCAAUUAACACACAGGACUCAAAGUUUGUCAAACCUUUGCACAAACCGAAUCGGGAUAGCACGAGACGAGAUGACAUGAAAGGUUGGGCGCGAUCAUCAUGGAAACGUCUUAUCUUUUAUAUUGUGGCCCUUUUUGAUAUUUUCCUGGUUACAUUAACUUUUCAGCAAGUGUAUUCAUCACGUCCGUCUUAUUCAUCCGGAUCUAGUGUUGUAGAAGUUCCUUCAACUCACUGCGAGAGUUGUGAACAGCAAUUACUCUUAUUGAACAAGACUUUACGGGCUCUUGAGUAUAGCGUCGUCCCGUUUACUGAGAUUGAUGAUCGAUAUUCUUACCUGUCACCGACACGCUUGCAGUUUAACGGAGCUGAGGAAACGAAGUGCGAGAAUACUUGUUUGACUUCAUGUUCACCUGAAACUUACACCCCCUCAAACAUCGAACUUGAACGACAACAAUUUCUGGACGCAUUGAACGCUUUUAACAUAUUUCAUUGGAAUUGA